ACUAGAAGUCAUUUGAGAAUUACGGGAGUUUUUGAAGUUCUGCGUUUGUUCAGGGUGCUGCCACUAUCUCCUGUGUUCUUGUCUCCUGUGUCUGUGCGGCACUAGGUUGAAGUUAAUCUGAGGACGGCACUGUCUCAUGGAAUAGGGUCUAAGAGAGAGAUCUCAGAGGUUUGUUGCAGGUUGUAGGAGGGACAUGGCAGCUAGGGCUGCCAGAUUGCUUCAUGGACGUCUUGUUGGUUCAUGGGGAGUACGUCCCUCAUGGCCAGGAGCCUCUGGCCAUAUGAACGAGAAGGUGGCCUCGCACUCAACUUCUUGUGUUACGAGUCAGCAGCUGACGGGUGCUGGUGGACACAGGAAUCUAGCAACAUUGAGAGGGUUUGGGAGUUCGAUCGGAACGAUUCCGCGAGUCGAGGCCGUUGAGCCAUCAAAUGGCUUAAAAAGUGGUUUUGGAAAAUUAGGGUUAGGGCUUAAUGCUUCGGGUAGUGGCGCGACAGGCAAGCGAUUUUUCAAAGCAUGGGGUUGUGUGCAGCAGAAAUCGCUGGAGACCCCGAAUGAAGUGCAGUCGGAGCUGCAAUCCACUUCUGCCGUGCCCGAUGAGGCCGCGCAAGCCAGGACGUUACAGUUAAAAUCGAUAGACGAGGCGAGGGCGAGGAUUUUCGGCCAUGUGAUCGGCAACGGGGAGCGGUCCGCGCACAAGGUGCUGCGCAGGAAACUAAUCGGGGACAAGAUAGUCUCCUGGUAUCCCACCCCAAUUCAAAACCAAGACCCCAUGUUUGAGGAUCCCAACAUCAAGCGCCGGCAGCUGAAGAACGAGAGGCUGAAGCGGCGAGGCAAGGGCCCUCCCAAGAAGGGUCACGGCAAGCGGGCUGCCAAGCGCGCCAAGUAAACUUUGUAAGGGCUAUUCUCUAGUCAUAGUGCUCUCUCCUCUCAGACGAGCGCAGUGUUUUUCCAGUGUUCCAUCCAUGUAGGAGGGUUCUAUUUUCCUCACUAUGUCACCCUUGCAACUUUCAAACCUAAAAGCAUCUACACAUUCUGAUUUUCACAUGAGUGAUCUAGAGAUGAGUGCGAAGUAUGCUCAUUUACUAAACCUCAAGAAACUUGUUAGGUUUGAUUCCAGUUCUUUGCUCGCAUCUCGCCAGCUGGGUUUCUGUCAAACGAUUAUGUGGUGACAGAUUCAGCCAGCCUUGAUUCUGGUUCCACCAUCUCCCAUUCCUGGUCUUCUUCUUCUUCUUCUUCUUCUUCUUCUUCUGCUGCUUCAGCUGCUGCUCUUAUGUUGUGGCUGAUGCAUUAGGGUUGGGUACCAGACAGUUCAACGCAAUGUGACAUGAACCCAGUGAUUCUGAUUCUUCACAAAGCUCUUGUGUGACGUUGUGUUUGCUGUGAGGUUAAGACCUUCACAGAUUCGUUUGUAUCUGAACCCAUCCACUUUGCACAGUGGAUGCUUGGUCAGAAACAUUGUUCUAUGAGCUGUUUUUUUC